AUGACUAGACUACAUCAGCUGUUGUUACUGGUCAGCAUGACCGUGGCCUAUGAGCCAUCGUGUCCAGCAUGCUCCAAAUACGACAACGAGGAAAAGAUGCUCAAGAGAAUAAUUCGCAUGGAGUUCGCUUAUGAGAAAGUGUUAAAGGAAAACAAGGAUACCAAAUCGCUACUCCACUGGUGUAUUUUCCACGCCCGCUCUCCACAGACCAGUAUCCUGUCCACAGGUGAGGUGAUCGUGUACAAGACAGUGGAGACCAAUCUCGGCAACGGCUACAGCUCCACUACGGGCAAAUUCACCGCUCCAACACGGGGACUUUACUUGUUCUGCAUGCACACGUGUACGGCUACACAUAAAUAUGCUUCUCUCCAGAUAAUUAAGGAAGGCUCAGUCCUGAUUGCAAGUGUACACUAUGACCAGGACCAGUAUACCUGUUCUAGUAGUCAGGUGUUUGUAUAUCUUGACGCCGGGGAAACUGUCUGGGUACAAUGCUCCAGCGGAGGCUCGAACAUACAACUGUAUGAGAAUUCUUAUCGUUGGACCAGUUUUGGUGGAGCUCUCAUUCACAACUGA